GUUAUUCCCCAGAGGAUGGCGCUUGAGGGAAGGGAAGACUCCGUGGGAGAGGCCUCCUAUAUGCUGUACAUGCAGGGCCUGAAACAGGUGAUUCAUCUGAAGGUGAAGAAAGACUAUUUUGUGAGUAACUUCCCAGUCUUCAGCUACCAUAAUGGGACCGUGGGCCAAGAGACCCCGUUGGUCUCCCACGACUGCCACUACGAAGGCUACAUAGAAGGAGCCCCGGGCUCUUUUGUGUCUGUCAACACCUGUUCCGGCCUCAAAGGGGUCCUGAUUAAGGGGGCGCGCUCCUAUGGCAUUGAGCCCCUGGAGUCUUCACAAUGUUUCGAACAUGUGCUGCACGCCAUGGCACCCCACGCUCCAGUGUCCUGCAGUGUCCCCUCUGCUGAGGGCCUGGGGGUGCCCACCAGCAGGAAGCCACCUAAGCUACAGGCGCCGUCCUCCUUGUGGUCCCACACCAAGUAUGUGGAGAUGUUUGUGGUGGUCAACCACCAGCGCUUCCAGAUGUGGGGCAGUAACGUCCAUGAGACCGUCCUGGGAGUGAUGGACAUUGUCGCUCUGGCCAACAGCUUCACCAGGGCCCUAAACACACAGGUGGUGCUGGCUGGGAUGGAGAUUUGGAACGAGGGGGACCUAAUGGAGGUCCCGGGGGACUUGGAAGGGACCCUGAGGAAUUUCAACAGCUGGAGACGACAGAAGCUCUUGGGUCGUGUGAAGCAUGAUGUUGCCCACAUGAUCGUUGGGCACCAUCCUGGGCAGAUCAUGGGACAGGCCUAUCUCAGUGGUGCCUGCUCCAGUGGUUUUGCGGCAGCUGUUGCAUCCUUCCACCAUGAGGAUGUCUUCCUGUUUGCAGCUCUUAUGGUCCACGAGCUGGGGCACAACCUGGGUAUUGAGCAUGACCAUCCUGCCUGCAUUUGCAAAGAGAAGUACUUCUGUCUCAUGCAUGCAAAUAUCACAAAAGAAAGUGGCUUCAGCGACUGUAGCUCCUACUCCUUCUACCAGUUUCUCCACGAGCACAAAGGGAUGUGUCUAUUUAACAAGCCAAGGCACAGAGUCCGCACACGUAGGAAUGCCGUCUGUGGAAACGGUGUGAGGGAGGCCUCUGAGGAGUGUGACUGUGGUCCUAACUGUGACAGUAACCCAUGUUGUGAUGUAACAUGUAGACUGAAGCCCGGCGCUCAGUGCAACGGAAGACUUUGCUGUGCCGACUGUCUCCAUAGAAGGAAGGGAUACAUCUGCCGGUCUGCUCAGGAUGAGUGUGAUCUUCCGGAAUACUGUCAUGGUGACUCAGGAGAAUGCCCUGCAGACACGUAUAAACAGGAUGGCACUCCUUGCCAGAGAAUCAACUACUGCUACAGGGGUCGUUGUAUGAACCCUGAUGAGCACUGCAGGACUCUCUAUGGGAUAUCUGCAAGGUCCGCGUCAGAAGACUGCUACCAAUUAAUGAACAGCAAAGGGAACCGUUUUGGAAACUGUGGUCGCCCCACUAAUACCGACCCAGUUUAUAUUAAGUGCAUCGAUGAAGAUAUAUUCUGUGGGAAACUUAUUUGUACAGAUGUUGUAGUUAUACCAUCAAUCAAACCCCAACACACACUCAUUCAGAUCCCCUUUAAAGAUGACUGGUGCUGGAGCAUGGAUGCCUACACUAGUACUGACAUCCCUGAUGAGGGAGAUGUGCAGCCUGGCACGUACUGUGCCCCAAACAAAGUCUGUAUGAAUUAUUCCUGUGUUGAUCACACUGUGUUAAACUAUAACUGUGAGCCAGCUACAAUGUGUAAUGGGAAAGGUGUGUGCAACAAUUUAAGGCACUGCCACUGUGAACCUGGCUUUGCCCCUCCUGACUGCAAAAGACAAGGAGAGGGGGGUAGUGUGGACAGUGGCCCUGUUAAUGUGCUCAAUUUUGAACAAUCAAGUGAAGGUAGCACUCAUUUGAGAAGCCAACAGAGAGGUGACCUUGGCAAGUUGGUGUUCAUACUACCAGUAUUUCUCAUCGUAUUCUUUUUAGGCCUAGUUAUUUUUACUCUUUUAAGUCGUAAAGGGAAACCAACAGAGGCUACACCUGUGACUCCACCAGAGGCCCCACCUGAAGAACCACCAGGGGCCCCACCUGAAGAAGAACCACAGAGGGCCGAAGAGUCCGCACCAGAAGAUGAACAUGUGAUGGAAACCGAACCAGAGUAAUAGCCGUGAGAAGACGGCAGCCAGGUUUAACAUCCAAGAUGCUGCACUGGAAAGGGUGGAGGGAGGGUCAGUGAAGCCAAGGUUAAGUAGGAAUUGAUAGUUCCACUGGCUCUGACGGAGAAUAUAUACGUGAGGAGGGACCCCAUUUAAAAUAUUCAUAAUAAUUUGGUUAUAUAUUCAUUUAUAAAUGAAUAUAUAAAAGAUACUGGCUCUUCCCCCCUGCUUUUUCACAUUUCAUGAACAUUUUACUUAUAUUCUUCUCUACUUCACUGCUAUCAAUGUCUUAUCUCAAUAAGGCCAGCCUUUUAGCCACCUGUUUUUCAAAGAAUGCCAAAUCAAAUGUACAUUGUUUCACUUGGAAUAGUAAAAUGUGCCUGCAUUUAGACCUUCCUACAACAAGACUACUCAUGCCAUUCACAACCACCCACAGUGUGAGGGACAUUUGUAAUGUGACUGAUUGUCUUAAUUACCACUGACAGUUUUUCUUCCUGAAAUAGGGAUGCUUUUCGGUGCAUUAAAGGCUAUUUUCAUAUGAAACAUCACUUAAAGCUGCGUGUAGCAUUCUGGGUGGAUCUCCAUUAUUUUUAGACUCUGAAAGGGGUCAGAUGGGACCACAGCGGAGGGGGUACAGAAGCCCUUCCACAUGUCAGGUCACAAAGUGCUCAUUCCAUACCUUUGGCUCUUUCAGUGUCUCCGUUUCUCUG